AUGCAGAUAGCCACACUUAGUUAUCAAUAUGAUCCAAAAGACAAUAGUAGCAGUGGUUCUAGAGCUAAAUUGCAACAUCGGCAAGUCCUUACAACAAUAACAAAUCCACAGCAACAGCAGAAACCAAGACGAUCAUUAUUUUCGGAUCUUAGUGGGAAUUCAAAUGUGCCAUUACCACCAAUAAAGAAGACUGUGAAACGUCCAAAUUCAAUACGUAUUAAAGGUAGUAGUAUAUCAUCGAAAGUAGCUGAUACAUCAGUUUAUUCCUGUCAACAUCAACCACGUGCGCAUAGUCGACAAUCUAAUAUAAGUGAAAUAUCAAGACGAAGUAGAUCCGUGACACCUGGAGGCACAUUAAGAGCAGGAGCAAAAUUAACUCGUCUUAAAUUCGGUUAUCCUGUCACAUUACGUUCUGCUGAGUUUUAUGGUCCAUCUAAAAAUGAAACUGAAUUACGUAUACGUGAAGAAUCAUUUGUUAAUGAUUCAGUACGUGCUGCUCAUCAAAGUCGUCGUGCAUCGCUUAUACCAGAAUAUGAACCUCUUGAUGAUCCACAUUUGAGGCGUUUUUUUCAAUCGCCCAUUGUUUUGGAUAUUGUACGUCAAUCAUUAAAUAAUAAUCCCAAUAGUUCAUUUAAACAAGAUGAUCGUCUAUCAAAAGUUUCCAAGUUUAAAAAACGUUCAAGCAUACAUUAUUCAGCUGAAAAUCUUAGUGAUGAUUAUCUUCGAUUAGUAACUAAAGGUUCAUCGGGUUACGGGAGAUUAAAUGGUUAUAAUUGUAUUCCAUCUUAUGCACCCGCUCGUCUUGGUCGUCGUCGAUCAAGUACAGUCGAUCCAACGAUGCCAAGUUCAAAGCGUUGGGAUAAAACAGAAUCUCGUUUGCAUCGUUCGACAACACAAGAUAAAUCUCACGCUUCGGCAAAUACAUCCGUAACAAGUUAUCCAGUGGAUAGUACUAUACAAGAACCAAAGAAAAACAAAUCUUAUAAAUAUGAAAAAUCAAAACAACCGAAACCGAUUGCUACAUCACCACCAUUAAGACAUCCAUCACGUCGUAUAGUUGAAAAACGAGCAUCAAAUAGUCAACUAUCAUCAACAUCGAACACCAACGGUCACAUUCCUGAAAAUGCAAGUGUAUCAGCAAUCACUUCUAAUAUAUCUCAGGAUCAGGAUUAA